CCUUUGCCAGACGUGGGUCGAGAAGGGGAAAGUCUAUUAAUACCACCAGCUGGUGUGUUGGAGAGCAGAGGGACGGGGAGCCGUGUAGAAGACAGGAGGAGGGGUGACUGUUUGUUGUGACAUGGCUGACAGAGGUGACCAUGAGCUGAAACUGCAGAGCUUUGAACUGACGCUUGUAUCAGAAGAAGAGGAUGAGUCUGCUUCACAUGUGAAGGACUCUGAGGCUGAUAUAACACCUGAUGCUAGUCUACAAGUAGAAGGAGAGAUUUUUUAUGUCAACCGCCAACAUCUGGCCCUGCAGAGCCCUUACUUCAGGGCUCUGUUCUUUGGCUGUGGGUUGGAGAGCAGCAAAAGGCAGGUAGAGAUUAAAGGUGUGAGUCUGCAGCAUUUCAGGACCUUGAUGGAAUAUACCACAACAUGCAGCCUGUCUUUGGACAGAGAAAAUGUUACGGGCAUCCUCGAGACGUCCGACUUUUUACAGCUGGAGCGAGCCAGGCUGCUGUGCUGUAAGUUCCUGGAGCGUGAGCUGCACCUCAGCAACUGUUUGGGGAUGAUGGCCUACGCCUGGCAGCUGGGUUGCACUCAGCUUCAUGCCGCAGCACGACAGGUGGUGCUCACUCACUUCUCUGCUAUUUCAGCUGAAGAGGAUUUUCUGUCACUCUCAAAAGAGUCCGUAGCAGAUCUACUUGCCAGCGAUGACCUAACCAUCCAUAAAGACGAUCUGGCUCUGGAGGCAAUACUGCGCUGGGUGUCAUUUGACCCUAAACGAGAAGAAUAUUUCCUGGAGCUCAUUGAGCUGGUGAGGCCCGAGUCUCUGUCCUUGCCUUUUAUCACUGAACUCUUGACCAGAAUGAAAAGCUCUGACCCCAGAGCCAGGCUCAUCCUAAAGCUCAAUGAACAUUUCCCAGCAUCUUGGUCAGUGGGCCGGUCAAUGAGGAGGACCAGGGCCAGAGAGACCCUGUUCGUGCUGGGCGGGCCUCAUGAUCAGGAAGAACAGGCGCUGUACCAGUAUCACCCGAUGAAUGGUAGAUGGCAGAGCUGCGCGCCUCUGCAGAGGAAGAACCUCACACAGUACUCCGUGGCUGCAGUGGGAGACAGUGUGGUCGUGACAGGUGGCUACUUCCGGGAUGUUCUGUGGUUCAGUGUGGAUUGGGUCCGGAUCUACGAAUGUGGGAACCAGCGCUGGGUGGACGGGCCAGCCCUGCAGAAGUCCAGACACAGCCACUGCUCCAUAGGGCUCGAGUCAGUCCUGUACGUCCUGGGGGGAAGUAUGGACGAAGGUCUUGUGGAUGAUGUAGAAAGGCUGGUCCUUGGGUCAGAGGAGGGUUGGGAGGCAGUGAGCCCCAUGGUCAGGGCCGUAGAGAGGGCAGCCACUGCUGCUCUGGGGUCGUGUAUCUACGUGGCGUGCGGCCUGGAUGAAAACGGCGAGGUUUAUGGUGGAAUUCAGAGGUAUGUGGUGAAGCAGGAUCAGUGGGAUGUGGUCUCCUACUCUCCAUUUCCACGAUAUGACCUGGUUGCCACGGAGCUCAACAGUGCCCUCUACCUGUUCGGGGGCCAAGCCCUUCGUUUUGACAUGGAGACAGAUGAGUGGAUGGUGCUGGAGGAGGAAUGUCUGAACAAGAAGUUCUUCUGUGGCUGCUCCUCAGUCACUGGGCAGAUAUACCUGGUCAGCGAGAGAAAGAGUAACAAAGCAUUCCCAAACAUGGUGCUGCUGGACCCUUACAUAGACACCUGCAUUGAGGUCGAUGAUGCCAUACCCUGUCCCGUGCCCCUCAGAGGGUGUGUCACCGUAAGAAUGCUCCCAUGAUGCUCUAUGAUGAAUGUGGAAUAUUGUGCAAAUCUCUCGAGCCAUCCCUCUUUCUUUAUAUUUGGUCAGGAAAAUGGGAAAUGGGUGCAGCAACUUAUGUGCAAACAUGAAGGGAAAGUCAAUAUGUGGUCUGACCACCUUUAAAAAGCACAGGCUGAACUCUCAGGCAAGCUUUAAGUAGUCUUCAGGUAUAGUUCUCCAGGCUUCUUGAAGGACAUGCAAAGCUCUUCUUUUAUUCCAUUCUCUACUAAGAUGAUCCCAGAGAUCAAUAACGCUGAGUUCCAGGCUCUGUGGAGGCCAGUCCAUGACUGAUAGUGUUCCAGUGUGUUUUGUUCUAUCAGGUAUGCUUUUACUGCAUGGUUGUAAAGUGUGGUGAGAGCAGGAAGCAGGCGGAAGAGUCUGAGCAGGUGGAGGUGUAAAAGUCAGUAGAAGCAGAAUACACAUGUGUGAAUGAGAGGGAGACAUGCAAAGAGCAGUGAUAGUGAAGGUAGAUCAGUUUAAUAUCAACCAUCCAAGAAAAAGGAGAGUCCAGAAGAGAGUGCAGUCAGGGUGGAGUGGGUGGAGACGAGUGUCAGGAGUGAUUUUAGACAGAAGGAUAGAAGCAAGAAGCUACAAGACCUGCUGUGAUGUAUAGGUUGGAGAGACUAGCCCUGACAAAAAACUAGAAGCACGUCUGGAGGUGGCAGAGUUAAGAUUUUCAUUUGGAGCGACGAGGACUGAUGGAGCUAGAAGUACAGUUGGAGCUGCCAAGCAGGAGGCAAAGAGGACGACCUCAGAAAAGAUUCAUGCAGGUAGUGAGGUAGGACACCCCAACACCACUGGCUGAGACUCAAACCGUGACAGAGCCUCCACUGUGUUUUACAGAUGGCUGUAGACACUCUGCUGUACCUCUCUCCUGACCUCUCCUGACCUCUCCUGUACACACUGGCCAUGAUUUGAACCAAACAUUUCAAAUGUAGAUUCACUCCACAAGACUCGUUGCCACUAAGUUUAAGUCCAAUUUGUGUGUAAUUUGGCAAAGCUCAGCCUUUUCUCCCUGUUUCCUUUCCCUAAGAAUGGCUUGUUGACAGCCACCCUUCCACUGAGAACAUUUCUGAUGAGGCUUCAGCGAACAGCAGAUGGAUCAGCUGACGGGCCAGAUGCAUCUCUCAGGUCCUGUGUCAGGGCUUUGCUUGUGUGUUUUUUUUUCAUUUAACUCUUUAGGACAGGACUUUCAGAGACUGUUCAUGUGCUGUAGACAGGCCCGCCACCUCUUUAAUCCUCCACUUGUCCAAUUUGUUCAGAUGUUUAAGGACACACUGCACAACAUAAAAGUGAAUGAAAAAGCAGCCAACCUCCAACCUUCAUGAAGCCUGGAGCAAUAUUGCUCAAGAGCACUUUAAAAACAUACCGAGACAGUCUGUCACCUCGAUAGCAAAAC